AUGGACAAGAGCUUCUCAGAAAACCCUGAAGGAGAUUUCUCAACAGCUGCUUUAAUUGAAUCAAAUAAGGCUGAGAUCGAGAAAACAAUGAAUGGUUUUGAUCUAGAAAACAAAAUGAGAGACGCAGUUAAGAACCUGGUAGAGCCCUUCCUCCAACGUGAAACCUACCUCUGCAACGAGGUAGAGCUCAUGAAGAUCAAGGUAGAGAAGCAUGAAUCCAAAAUCAUCGGGUUUGAAGCCUUAACUGACAAAGUGCGCUACCUUGAACGCAUGAAUACAAGUGUACAGAAUAAAUUUCAGAUUAUCGAUGGCACAAUGUUUCAACAGAACGAAAAGAACAAUACUAAAUUUGAGGACCAGCUCUUGCUCAAUACCAAGCAGACUGAUAAAACCAAAGCCUUAGAGAAUCUUGUUGCUGAGCUAGCUGAAAAAAUUGAUAAUCGAAGGAAAGACCAUGAUGCUGUUUCUAAGAAACUGAUCAUGAUGCGGUCGAACCUAAAUGAAGAUAUUGUUAAAUCCAAUAUCGAAACAAGGAAGCUAAUAGACCAGAUGAAGUUAAGAGUGGACUUAUUAUCCAACGACAAGGACUCCUUAAGCUUUCACCUGAAUAAUCAAAAGAGUGUUCUCUCUGAAAUAAACUCACAAUCAGAAAGAGUGAGACAGGAAAUGCUGCACUACAAAAGUUUGUUGGACCCUAUCAUUUCGUCAGCAAUGACUAAAAAUGAUUUUGAGAAGAAAACUAGUGAUAUCCGGAUGGAUAUGAAAUAUCUUGUAGACCAGAUGACUAGGUUCCAUCGAAACAUUGAUAAGAUUAAUUCUGAACAUAAAGAGAAGUUACAAGAUGGCCUGUUCGAUAGUCUCCACGAGAAGUUACUAAUAGAGAUAUCCAACAAGUUUGUUCAAGCCAAAGCCGAUGCCCAGAGGACUCAAGAGGAGCAAUUUGAACAAGCAGCGAAGAUGAUCCAAAGCAAUGCUGACGAGCAUAAGAAAGAACUUAAUAAAUUGAAAGACAUUAUACAGAAAGAAAUUGAAGCUCAUAUAGAGAAAAGUAUGGAUUACGCACGUAGAAAUUUCAUGUUCGACUCUGAAGAUGAAGACGGCCUAGCAUCUCAAAAGAUCUCCCAGGAUAGAGGACGUUUAAAAAGAAUGGCUUUGAAAAAGGAGAGUGAUUUUGAUAAACAAUCACAAAGUGCACUUUCUGCAUUUAGCUCAGAGUCUGAUGAAGAAGAAAUCAAAAGUAGUGUGAAAGUGAUGGAUAGUGAAAAGCAUGACAAAUCUGAAAUAUCCACAGUCAGAAUGCAUCCAACUCCUGUGAGGUAUGGAGGAAAACCUGAAAAUCCUUCUCUGAGCCAUAAUGAGUCAUUAAAAUCUCACACCUGUAACUCAUAUGAGAAUAGGAAAACUUCUCAUGAUUUUGUAAUAAAGUCUACAUUAGCAAAUUGAGUCGCGCAAAUAUCUACAUUGAACUCAAAGAUCUCCCAAAUAAUGGAGAAGCAUAGGAAGACCAGGCUCAUUGUCUCUAAAAUUGCAAGGAAAAUAGAAUGUGAUGACCGCUUGAGUAAAAAGAUAGAGAAAUUUCCUGAAGAGUUAAAAUCAGUAGUUGCUUCAGAAUCAGCAACUCCUUGAGGAAGCUCCCCUAGGGAGCUUCCUCCUAAGCAGGAGGUGGCUCCUACAGAAGGAGUUAUCACUGAUAUGAUGGCUCAGCUUUCAGCUUCCAUUGCUCAAUCUGAGGAAAAUUGUAUAUCCAUAGCUACCAAAUAUACAGAUAAGAUGAAAAUCUUGAUGGAAGAACUCCAGAUGAACAUUGAUGAACUCAAGCUUGAUUUUGACCACUGGAAGAAGAGCAAGUACAAAGAUAGGAAGGAAGUAAGAAUUUUGAUGGAGAAAAUGAAAGAAGAACUCAUUGAAAAACUUGGCCGCAAAAGUACAGUGGAUGUAUCCCUCAGCCCAUUCUCUAAGAGCAUUGUUGAUGCACAAGAUGUUAGAGAAAUUUUUGUUCAUAACGCCAGAAGUCAGGAGAGGAGUCUAGGAGCAUUUGGAACAAGUAGUAUCUGAACCGGAGAGGACAAAAAUCUUAAGACUGUAACGGCUAGAGGAAAUUUAUUUGAAGCUAUAAAGAAAGGUCUUCCAAACAAAAGUAUUAAAGAACCAAUCUUGACAUUAAGAAAGUACAAGCUAAGAAGCACAGUGAGAAAUGCUAACAGUCAAGAAAGAAGUCAAGUAUCAGAUAUGAUAAAGCUGAAAAGAGCUCCUGCUUUUCAGCAGAAGCUAAAACCUCAUGAAUGGAUGAACAAGACUUUUGCUCCUAAGACAGUCAUUGGGUUUUCAACAGAAAAGAACAGCUCAAGAAAUGAACAUUUUUAAUAAAGG